AUGAGCGACGAUCCUAUGGCUGAUUUCCUCGCCAGAGAGAAGGCUGCGUUGGGAGACGAUGCCGACUUGUUUGCAUCUGGGACAGCACCUUCAGCGCCAUCAGGAAUGGAUGCGUUCCCUGACUUCUCUUCACCUGCACCUCCUGCCGAACCUUCCAAACCUCCUUCACCACCAAAAGGAAUCGAUGCUUUCCCCUCACUCGAUUCACCUCCUAUCGGAGGAAGUCAGAUUCGAGUUACUGGUGUAGCUGGUACAGGUGAAGAUGAAGAUAGAGCUAUGUUCGAAAAUCAAUUUCCCGAUUUAUCAGGAGAGGUAGGAUAUGAAACUCCAGCAAAACCUAUAUUUAACGCUUUAUCACCUCAACCUUAUGGAGCAUCACCCUAUCCUGCAACAGCUGCACCAAAGCCUCGUUCAGCCCAAUCAAUAUUACCUCCACCUACAUUUAGCAAUAUCAUCUCUUCAACCGAAGAUGAAACGGAACCUAUCAAAGCUUGGAGAGAGAGUCAAUCUGAACAAAUCAAGAAAAGGGAUGAAGAAGAUAAAAAGAGAAGGGAUGAAAUGGCCAAUAAAGCUGAAAAAGCCAUUGAUAGUUUCUAUGAAGAUUACAAUAAAAUGAAAGAGAGGAAUAUCAGAGAGAACAAGGAGAGCGAAGCUGCUUUCCUCGAAAAACUCAAUGAAGGAAUCGCAAAAGGAACAGCCUGGGAACGGAUCACAGAUUUGAUUCAACUUGAAAACUCCCAAUCCAAAACCAUUCGACCUUCUGUACCUGGUGGCUCCGAUUUAGCGAGAAUGAAGGAAAUCCUAUUAGCACUUAAGAGAGAAGGCGACAAAGCUCCUGGUGCAGCCGGCUUUUAG